AUGGAGACGAGCCCUGCCAGCAAAAUGACGGGGAACGUCUGGCCCGACGGAGAAAAUGACAGGAAACGCAUCCCCACUGCGUCUGCCAACCACCUCCAUUCCAUCCCCGUGAGAAAAGGCAAGACCCAGGCCAAGAACGGAAGAAAAAGGAAGACAAUGUGGAUUUCGACCGGCUGGGGCUUUCUCGUGGAGGCGCCACGACUUCAAGGCUCCUUGGUCCUUAGGGCGGCGGGCACACAAUAUGACUGCUCAUAUCCAUCUUCCAUCUGCAUAUGCAUCUUCGCGGCUGUUGCAACACCAUUCUGGUUAUGCUUGCGAAGAGCCCGCCAUCCAUACUCGUCAAUCCAGGGCACGUUGGCCCUCACAGGCUGA